CAGCAGCACUGAGAAGUUUUAUAGGAUCCCCAAAGGAAAGGGACCGCACUCGGUUGGAUGUACAGACCUGAUGACAGAAAAUGCAGUCGAGGAUGUGUACUGGGCAUUUACCAGACACACGUAACCUGCAAGCCUUCCCCGUGGCUGCUUCCUCCCUCCUCCUAAUAUCCUUGCCUUCCUGACUCCCUUACGCAAGAUACUGCAGAGAAACUGUGUCCUUCUGGGACACACGGGGUUCUUCCCACCCACCCCACCGCUCUCUUCUGCCCUGGGCUCCUGGGGAGACUCCACACGCAGUCUCCGUGACUGUAGCUGUUCUCACCGCAAAGUUCCCAACGGGAUUUGGCAGGGGUGGGUGAUGAGGACUAGCCAGGGAAGCUUCUUGCGCCUAUAUUAUCCAUCAUGCGAUGCCACAGAUAAUGAAGAGGCACCAUGGAUUCCAGAUAAAGAGUACUAUCAGGGACUCUCUGACUUCCUUAAUAUGUACCGAGUUGUAGGAGAAAGGCUUUUCCAGUACUAUGUUGGUUCAGUGACCUGUCCUGCAAAGUCAAAUGCUGCUUUCAAGCCAGGAGAAAAAUACCCACUCCUCGUUUUUUCCCAUGGACUUGGAGCUUUUCGGACGAUCUAUUCUGCUAUUUGCAUAGAGAUGGCUUCCCAGGGCUUUAUAGUGGCUGCUGUGGAGCACAGAGAUCAAUCUGCUUCAGCAACAUAUUACUGUAAAAAAAAGUCCGUUUCUGAACCACAGGAAGAGUCUACAGCAAACACGGAGAAGGAGUGGAUCUACUACAGGAAACUAAAAGCUGGAGAGGAAGAGCGUUGUUUGCGCCAUAAGCAGGUGCAGCAAAGAGCACAGGAGUGUAUCAAAGCUCUCGAUCUCAUUCUUAAAAUCAAUUCAGGAGAGAAAGUAAUGAAUGUACUGAAUUCAAACUUUGACUGGAAUAGCCUAAAGGAUUCUGUUGAUACUAGCAGAAUAGCUGUGAUGGGACACUCUUUUGGUGGUGCUACAGUUAUUGAAAGUCUCAGCAAAGAAAUAAGAUUCAGGUGUGGCAUUGCCCUCGAUGCAUGGAUGCUUCCAGUAGGUGAUGACAUUUACCAAAACAGUGUCCAGCAACCGCUGCUUUUUAUCAACUCUGAAAAAUUCCAGUGGGCUGAUAAUAUCUUAAAGAUGAAGAAGCUCGGCUCCAAUGACACAAACAAGAAAAUGAUCACUAUCAAGGGGUCAGUACAUCAGAGCUUUCCUGACUUUACCUUUGUGAGUGGAGAAAUCAUUGGAAGAUUUUUCAAAUUAAAAGGAGAAAUAGAUCCCAAUGAAGCUAUUGAUAUAAGCAAUCAUGCUUCAUUAGCCUUCCUGCAGAAACAUUUGAGUCUUAAGAAUGAUUUUGACAAGUGGGAUUCUCUUGUGGAUGGCAUAGGACCCAAUGUUAUUCCUGGUACCAAUAUUGACUUAUCUCCAGCUGAACCUGAAUAAGGAAUACAAAGAAGUACUGAAAAUGCCAUGGGCAUCAGGACACUAACAUUGGCCACCUACACAGCUUUUGGGAUGUGGAACAACGACAACAAAAAAAUAAGGCAUUAGGUUACAUUAUCAUGUAGAGAGGUUUUAGUUCAAAUGAGUUAGUGGGAUUCUCUGAAAUACUGCAACAGGGUAACUUCUGCUAUAUAGACAGUUGGGGG